AUGCCCGGGAUAGGGGCGGUGGGAGCGCGGUGCAGGCACCGGCCGAGGAGGAGCCCCAGGAAGGGCCCCGAGGCCGAGGCGGGCCAGGCCGGGGCCGACAUGGACGCAGCGAUCUGGAUCUAUCAGUUCCGGCUGAUCGUGCUGGGCGACUCCACCGUGGGCAAGUCCUGCCUCCUGCACCGCUUCACCGAGGGCCGCUUCCCGGGGCCGCUGCACUGCGACCCCACCGUGGGGGUGGACUUCUUCUCCCGCCUGGUGGAGAUCGAGCCCGGCAAGCGGGUCAAGCUGCAGCUGUGGGACACGGCGGGGCAGGAGCGGUUCAGAUCAAUAACACGAUCUUAUUACCGCAAUUCUGUUGGUGGCUUACUGGUGUUUGACAUCACAAACCGGCGAUCUUUUGAACAUGUGAAAGACUGGCUAGAAGAAGCGAAAAUGCAUGUACAGCCAUUUCAAAUUGUGUUUCUGUUAGUUGGACAUAAAUGUGAUUUAGUGUCACAGCGUCAGGUUACAAGAGAAGAAGCUGAAAAACUGUCAUCUACUCGUGGUAUGAAAUACAUAGAAACCUCAGCAAAAGAUGCCACAAAUGUUGAAGAAUCCUUUACGAUUCUGACCCGAGACAUAUAUGAACUUGUAAAGAAAGGAGAAAUUUCUAUACAGGAUGGAUGGGAAGGUGUUAAAAGUGGCUUUGUUCCAAAUGUUGUCCAUUCAUCAGAGGAGGCUGUAAAGCCUAGAAGACAAUGCAUCUGCUAAAUUCAUAGAAUGCCAAAGAGCAUAUCAGGUGUUCAGAGAGUGAUACCAACAUAAAUAACAUCAUUCUGAAGACAUAAUAGAUCAUGAUGUAGUUGAAUCACCAAAUGAUAAUUCGUUUUUGUAUCAUUUUGUCUAAUUCAUAACUUCAUAAAAUUUAAAGUGCUUUUUUCCCCACAAUACAAUAACUUUGAGCAGUCUUCAAGAAAAUAAAUUCGAUAUUGCUUAAGGAAAAAUAUGUGCUAAGUAGCAAGAUGUUGAGAAAGUGCAAUAAUCAUCAUGGUAGCGUCCUUUAUGGGCUUUGGAUUUUGAACAGAGUUUAAAAUCAAGCUCUUGUAUAUAGGCUAAGUGCUGAUAAGCUCGUUGCUCCAGUUCAUCCUGCCUCCGUUUGGGAUAAAAAGUAUUAUAACUUGUACUUUUUUUAUUGUGAUUCUUCAUUCAUGAAGAAUGGAUUUGCUAAAAGACAGCUAAGAUUUAGAGCACUGUAGAAUUUCAUAAUAUAAAUCACUUUGAAGAAAGCAAACUGAAAGAUUGCUCCAUCAGCAAACACUUUUGUUAUGACUGUGAAUACAAGCCUUAUUAAAGAAAAAGAAUGUAUUUGAGAAGACUAAUAUAUUUAUAUACUAAAACAGGGAAUAGAAGAAAUGAAGUUUAGUAUGAAAUAUUUUCUGAAUCACCAGUGUAACUAGAUGUAAUGCAAGAAAUGGUAUAGCUGUUAUUCUAGAUGCAUAGAAAAUAGAUUUUCCAACUACUAGAAGCUAGAUACCAAGAAGGUAAUUUAAAAUUUGUAAAAUGUAAAAUUUUUGUUCAAAAUAGGAGUUGCUUUAGGCAAGUAUGAUGAUUAUAUAUUUUAAGGAAUCAGUUUACACUUCUGAGCUAUAAUAAUUAAUUCAUCCAUGAAAAUAUUUAUCACAGUUGAUAACCUAAUAUUUAUUGGGCCAGAUCCUCAGCUGGGAUACUUGGCGUAAAGUUACACCAAUUACACAAGCUGAAGAUCUUGCCCACUAACUUUAAAGAAUAAUUCUGAUUCUGUCUAGAAGUAAAAUUCAAGAAAAUAUUUAGGGCUGUGUCCUCAGGGGACUCCUGCCCUGAAUAUGGAGAAAAUAGGGAUUGGUUUAUUCUCAGCCACUCUUUGUCAAUUGUGGUCCACAGAAUAAAAGGUUCUGAGAAUCUAGCAGUUAGGAAUUGGCAUGUUGGAAGGGGAGGGAGUCCAUAAGAGGAUUUCACUCUUAAGAGGUAGACAUAGAAUGAAAAAGGUUGGAGGAUUCCUGUUCUCAGAAAACAAACACUGAAUCUUAAACUACGAAAUUUGACCCAGCAAGUCUGCUGCAUUUUAACUGACCUUGGGCCCACCUUCCUGACUACCUAUGGGCAUAACACAUACUUGCUUUGUGAAGAAUAUUCCCUUAUGUGUCACUAAUAUGCCAAGUAACCCGAUGUCACUUGUAUCUUGGCGGCAAAACAGAUGGAUGGCUCACACUUGAUGAGUGUUCACCUCUGAAUCAACUGCACUAAAAAUCCCUUGACUUCAAAUGGCAUUGAACUGAACUCUUCAAGGGCCUGAUUCUUAUUUAUAUUAAGGCCCCUUUAUACUGGCAGAGUGAUAUAAAGGGAGCUUAGUAUAAAUGGGAAUCUGGCCCUAAGAUUCUAGUGCCAUAAUAUAGCAGUUAACAUAAAUCUGCUGUGUGCCAUGAACCAACCUAUUCCUGUGUAUUACAUGCUGCUAGAGGCAAGGGGCCUGAUUCUCCACUGACUUUCACCUUUUAGAGCUUGUCUAUACAAACACUUAGUUUACAGCUAGCCGGGGUGGUGCAGCACAUUAAGGGCAUGUCUACACUGCACAGAAAACCCCAUGGCAUCGAGUCUCAGAGCCCAGGUCAACUGACUUGGGCUCGUGGGAUUCAGGCUGCAGGGCUAAAAAUAGCAGCCUAGACAUUUGGACUGGUGCCAUGCCUCCCACUUUUUAACAUGGGUGUAGUUUUGGGGGGCAGGGUUGGCCUUGGGUUUACAGUUUGGGGGGGCAAUACUGCCACCAAGCGCAGCCCCUGCCAGCACCACUCCGCACCUGCAGGAGGCUUGCAGUUUGGGGGGGCAAUGCCGCUCCCUGCUACCCAAAAUAUGACCAUGUUAAAAUGGGAGAGUGCAUAUCCCCCUGGUUCUGGCAUCACCCUCCCACUGUUACAAAGGUUCCAGGGCCCUUGCUUAUAGGUCUCAAAAUAUUUCCUCAUAGCUUAUAAGGGAGACAGCAUAGUCCAAUGGCUAAAGCAUCAGAUUGAGAGUCAGAAGACGUGAAUUCUGACUCAUUGUGUAACCAUGGGCAAGUCACUUAAGCUCUAUGCUUCAGUUUCCUCAUCUCUAAAAUAGGAAUGAUAAUUCUUACUCACCUUUGCAAAGCCAUUGAGAUGUAGCACGACUAUAAACACAUGGGGGCAGGGACCCUUUUACCUGUGUGAUUGUACAGCACCUGUCACAAUGGAGCCUGGAGACUAUGGCUUCUACCACAAUGCAAAUAAUAGUUACACAGAUGAAAAGAGCUAUAUAAGUGCUAAGUAUUAUUAUUUUAAGUCUACAUUUAAUUGCAGGCAUCCACAGGCCAAAGUUGUUCAUUUGUAAAAAAGAUUCCUGAACCCUCUGGAGCCACCACACUUUUCUUUCUAUGUGGAAGAUUUUGGGUGUGGAAACAUUGGGGAAAUAUGCACAGACGAAUGAAACAAUCAGCUGAAUACAGCCUUAAUGAUCUCUAUUGGGAAUGUUGUAGUCUUCAAUUAAUUAUGAUGGGAGGAAUGAUUUAACCAGAUUGGACUGUGUGAGGAAUUGCCAUAGCCAAUAAAACCAGAAAGGAUUUGCAAUGCAUUUUAAAGUACUGUGCACAUAUUCAUCUUAUUUGUAGCACCUAUAACUGUAGAGUAAUGUGUAAAUUCAAACAUUGCAUAUCUAGAUAACAUUAAAAUGAUACAGUACUGUCUCACUACACACGUUUAAUAGAAGUCUCUGCUGUAUAGCUGACUUGAUGAAAUGUAUGAACUUGCUUUUAUAUGUUUUGCAGUGCAAUAUAGAAGUAACAGCUUGAGCACGUUGUAGAUAUCUGAUUAUAUCUUAAUGCACCUUAAUUCUUUUUUCAAGAAAGUUUAAAGAUAAUCACUUGAAACUAAUAGUGGAGCUUAAUAUUGUUCUUUAUAGAUCAUUUUGCCUGCCAAAUUAAAACAUAGAAAUGGUAGCGGGAAAAAUAAUCCUUUACAAUUAAAUAUUUGUUCUGAAGUAUUUUAUGUAUGGUAAGUCCCAUUUAUGGAUAAGUAGAAUCCUAAAAACAAGUCUGUCUGCAUUUGGAUUCCAGUGUCCACUAAUGCAGUGGUUCUCAACCAGGGGUAUGCAGAGGUCUUCCAGGGGGUACA